GCAGACAACAACAAUGUGCGUAAUAUUCCGAUAGCGAAUACUGAAUUAAAAGUGAUUACACAAGUUGGAUCUUGCUUGGAUGUUAAAUUAAUUCAAAUCGAAAUUAAUCUAGAAGUUAAGAAUUUGUCAGUUGUAUCUUGUAUCUGAUUGUUGUUAAGUUAAAGUAUUUUCAUUCAAGAAAAUGUAUCUCGCUAAUCGCAUAAUAAGAUAUGCAGUAAAAACAAACCAUAUCACCAACUACAGUGCCCGCUCUGCAUGCACCUUGCGUAAAUCACUAGAACAUGUGCCCUUAGUUUACUCUGCACGUUGGGAACCUAAAAAUACCCUGGUACGACAGUUUAGCUCUGCAAACCCAGACGAAAAAAUCCAUACAAUCAUCAGGGAUAAAGAAAGUCCAAUAGGAGACAGUAAUAAACAUGAAUUCCAGGCUGAAACCCGAAUGUUGCUCGAUAUAGUUGCACGCUCAUUGUACUCAGAAAACGAAGUCUUCGUCAGAGAACUAAUAUCAAACGCUAGUGAUGCACUAGAAAAAUUUAGGUACACAAUACAUACUGCCGGUGAAAAUGAAAAAGACUAUGAAAGUCAAGAUCGUGCCUUAGAGAUACACAUUGGUACGCAAAAGCAAGGAAUGCAGCUGAUAAUUCAAGAUACUGGCAUUGGAAUGACUGAAGAAGAACUCAUAAAUAAUCUCGGCACCAUUGCACGUUCUGGGUCCAAAAAUUUCUUGGAACAGAUAAAAGAAAAAGGAGCCGCUGUCCAAAAUUCAUCUAAUAUUAUUGGCCAGUUUGGUGUGGGAUUCUAUUCAGCAUUUAUGGUAGCAGAUCGUGUUGAUGUGUUUACGAAAUCAUCAAAAGUUGGUUCGCCAGGGUUAAAGUGGUCAAGUGAUGGUUCCGGAUCGUAUGAAAUCCAACAAGCCGAAAACGUUGCUCAUGGAACUAAAAUCGUUAUCCAUUUGAAACCCGAGUGUAGGGAGUAUGCUGAUGAAGAUAAAAUUCGGGCUGUUAUCAAAAAGUACAGCAAUUUCGUAGGAAGUCCUAUUUUCUUGAAUGGGAAACAAGCAAAUGUUAUUCAACCUGUUUGGCUGAUGGAACCGAAAGAUGUUUCCUUAGAGCAACAUACUGAGUUUUAUAGAUUCAUCGGAAACACUUUUGACGCUCCAAGAUUUGUUUUGCAUUACAAGACUGACGUACCUUUGAGCAUUCGUGCCCUUCUGUAUUUCCCCGAAGGAAAACCAGGGCUUUUCGAACUCUCUCGCGAUGCUGACAUUGGUGUUGCUCUUUACACUAGAAAAAUAUUAAUUCAAUCUAAAACGGAUAAUCUACUUCCUAAAUGGCUGAGAUUCGUCAAGGGCGUAGUGGACUCUGAAGAUAUUCCAUUGAACCUUAGUCGAGAACUACUUCAGAACAGUAAUUUAAUAAAAAAACUUAGCACAGUUUUGACGAGUCGAGUACUGCGUUACCUACAAGAUCGCGCAGUUAAACAACCCUCAGAAUAUGAAGCUUUCUACAAAGAAUAUGGUUUAUUCAUGAAGGAAGGUAUUGUCACAUGUCAAGACCAAACCGAAAGAGAGGAAAUAGCCAAGCUUCUGCGAUAUGAAUCUUCAAAGUCUGCUGAAACUAAGAUAUCACUAACUGAAUAUUGCAAACAAGUAGGUUUGGAACAAAAGGUUAUCUAUUACCUUUGUGCACCGAGUCGUGUUCUUGCCGAGUCAUCUCCAUAUUAUGAAGCGCUUAAGAAAAAGGAUGUAGAAGUUUUAUUUUGCUAUGAACCUCACGAUGAAAUUGUUCUAAUGCAACUUGGUAUGUUUGGUGGGAAAAAUAUUAUUUCAGCAGAGAAGGAAAUGCGCCAGGAUGCAGUAGAUAUGACAGACUUAGGCGAAGGAAGUUUAAAAAAAUCAGAAAUUGAUGAAAUAGUUCCAUGGAUAAAAGAAAAGUUAUCUGGAAAAGUUUCCGAAGUUAAAAUUACAAAUCGCUUAGUUUCGCAUCCUUGUGUCAUAACCGUGGAGGAAAUGGGUGCAGCUAGACACUUCAUACGAACCCAGAGUCAUCAAAUGCCUGAAGAAAAUCGAUACGCGCUAUUACAGCCUCAAUUCGAGAUUAAUCCUAAACAUACUAUUAUCAAAAAAUUGCACAAACUUAAGACAAGUGAUCCUGAGCUAGCCGAAAUAUUAACAAAACAACUGUUCGUAAAUGCUAUGGUUGCAGCUGGUCUGUCUGAAGAUCCCCGAACUUUACUUGACAAUAUGAAUGAGCUCUUGAGUAAAGCUUUGGAAAAGCAUUAAAAUUAUUACAAAUUAUACACACAUAUGUAUAUGUUGUUUAUGUUAAGUUUACGCUAAAUAAUAAUUUAAAAAUAUUUACUAUGCUAGUAAUGCCAUUUUUUUAAUUUUCAACGCGAUGUAAUAAAUAGUUAUAUAAGAAAUAAAUAAUUAACGGUUACAUUUUUUUCAUUAA